UAGAUUAAAAAAAAUUGAUUGUUUUCGUUUUAUUAAUAUUUUGCGAUAACCAAUAUUUUUUUCUUGCGAAAAUUAUAUGUAGUAUUUCAUGAGGAAAUAUUAUGAGACUACUGUAGAGAGAAUACUUUUAGGAUUGUUAUUAAUUAUUAAAUAUGUUAAGUACAAACGAAGAUAUUCCGAAUUAUAGUUAUAAGAGUAAUAAUUUUCAUUUAUUGAUCGGUGAAAAUGAAAAUGAAUCAGAAUUUGAUAUGCAAUUAAAGCGAGCAUGGGAAAAGGCUCAAAAAGAUGGAGUGUUUAGAUACAAAUUAAAUAUUAGUAAUUGGAGAAUAAUCGAGGGCCCUUAUAAAUUUUUAGCUCAGUUUAAUCCUGAUAGAGCAUGUAAAAGACGAAAACCUGAACAUAUUACAACAAUGUUAAUGCCAUUUGAUUCAACAAAAUUUAACUUCACUAAAUUACAAAGAAAUGAAAUAAUGUUUAAGAUAAAGGAUCAAGAGGACAGUGAUAUUAUAGCAAUUAACGAUAGUCCUAUCGAAUGGUGUCAUUCUUUAUUAAUUGUUAAAUAUUUGGAAUGUCUACCGCAGAGAAUUACCCAGUAUAGUCUUCAAAAAGCAUUCGAAAUAUUGCUGUUAAGCAGCUCACCGUACCUCAGAAUCGGAUUUAAUAGUUUGUGUGCUUUUGCUUCUGUCAAUCAUUUACACUGGCAUUUAUAUUACCUCAAGCAUGAAAUGCUUCUUGAAUAUAUUGAUGUGCAACCACACGAAGGUUCUUUGUUUCUUUUAGAAAACUUUCCUAGUAAAGGAUUUUGUUUUAAAUUAUCCUCAUCAAAGAAACUAGAAACUUUAGUAUCUUCAAUAUUUUUAUUUGUAAAUUAUCUUCUAAAACAUCAAAUUGCACAUAAUCUAUAUAUUACAAGAGCAAAAACUACACAUUUGAAAAAAGAAUAUGAUGAUGUACGAGCAUAUGUUUGGGCAAGAAAGUCACAAGCCGAUGUAAAAAAUACAACUUUGAUUAAACCUGCUAUAUGCGAAUUCUUUGGACACAUAGUUAUUUCUGAGGAAAAACAAUAUCAGAAUUUGACGGAAGAGAUGAUAGCACAAAUAUUAGAUUCUGCAACUAGAGAGCCGUAUUUGUUAAUUAAAAAGGAUUUACACAAAAUAAUAGAAAAUGAAAUAACAAAGAACGAAAGAUGAUAUCUAUAGUUAUCUGUAAAAAGAUGUACAGAAAAAAGAAUAAAUUAUAAUAAUAUAUAAAAAGAAA